AUGCUGCGCAAGAAAGAAACCUACACCAACACCAUCUCCCUCCCCUCCAAUAUCCCCCGUCAACUAGCCAUCGACAUCCUCCACAACCACGGCGAGAUAAUCUCUCUCAACCCCCUUGUCAUAUCCCACCACCCCAUCAAAGCACCGCGCAAUGCCCCAGCAGACGAGUACUACUCGACAUGGUAUGAGAUCACCGAACGAGUGCGCUACGUCCCCGGCACAAUCAGCUUCAAAGGUUGCUUCCACGAUGAGCCCUGGGGGCUGAUAACCCAUACCUACGCACCCAUGGGCGUUGAUCUGCGCAACACGUAUCGCAUUGUGGAGGACCCGAUAAACGACCCAUCGCUUGCAUUCACAGUUACAGAGCCUGCGCGGAGUAAGAAUGGAGGAUUGUGUCUGCGCGAAGAGGUCGAGAUCGAAUGCAACCUUACACUGCUCUCAUUCGUGAAGAGCCAGCUGCGCGCCGCAUCCAAGAUAUUGGUGGAUCGCCUGAUCAAGAAGGCCGAACUCCUCGAUGCAGGUGUCUUGCAGGGUAUUAUGGAAGACGGGGUGCUUAGGACGUAUAACCCAGCGGAUCGAUCAAGUACCUCUGCCACCAUGCCGCCGGAUGAACGGUCCCGACGAUCGUCCUAUCAGGUGCCCAUGUCACCGAGUGAGUAUUCACGAUCGGGGUCAAUGAACUCACAAACACCCCACGCUUUUGUGCGACAAUAUCGACAGGAUCACAAACCAGAGUUUACUGCCGAACUACCAGCGGAUACGUACUAUCCGAUGUCGGGACCGGGGAAAUAUAAAGUACCGCCAGAUGGAGCAUACCCGGCUGAACUGUCAGCAAUGGAUGAGAGGCCUGGAGGGUAG